AUGGCUCGAUUAGGAGUCAGUCAUUGGCAGGGAAAGACUACAUUUCAGAAACACCUUCAGAAGGAGGUUGGCUUCGAUUGUCUCGUACUGGAUGAAAUAACGAAAUUUUCUACAUUUGGGCACGACGUCAUAAACCUGCUUUAUAAAUUCUGUGCACAUCGCGCGCCAAUGGGUCACAUACAUGCUCAUUCGGAAGAGUACCAAUCUUGGCUUAACAGCAUCGAGCACAAACUUCUCGAUAUAAGAGCGAACCUGAAGCACGAAGAAGCAGAAACAGGCUCAACAACAACGCAGUCAGAAUCGAUCUUGGUCAAGGAACUCUUCAUCCUAGCGGUAUUGCUCUACAUUGAACGGACAUCUAACGGUACCAGCGACCGCCCCACAAUCAAAAACACCGAAUGGACCUGCGCUGCAUUCGACAUCUUCUCUCGCAUCGACUCUUGCAACAAACCCUUCGCUUAUGUUGUGUUCGGCUGCGAGGCGCGCACAGAUCAGGACCGAACUAUUAUCCUAGACGUCUUGGACCGGACGAUAGAGUCAAAAGCAAACGGUUUAUUGCAUCCUCUGAGGGAUGUGAUGAUAAAGACCUGGGUACACGAUGAUCUAAAGGCGACUGUGACCCUGACUGAGAUGUCGGCUGAAGCACUUUGUUCUAGCUCCUGUUUGAUUUUGAGUACGUCCCACUCUGUUAAAUGUUUAGUGUAG